AUGCCUUUGGAAACACGAUACGAGUAUGACUUUCAUAUUUCGCGUUUGUAGCAAUAACUAAUAGCAGCCCCACACCCGCCGGCGAUCUCCGACUACUCGAUGGCUGCUGACAAUGAACCGGCAAAGCUCCUUUUACCUUACCUUCAAAGAGCCGAUGAGUUGCAGAAACACGAACCCCUCGUCGCUUACUACUGUCGAUUGUAUGCGAUGGAACGAGGUUUGAAGAUUCCUCAGAGCGAGCGUACCAAAACCACCAACUCUUUACUUGUUUCCCUCAUGAAACAACUCGAGAAGGAUAAGAAGUCAUUGACGUUAGGGCCUGAUGACCAUCUACAUCUGGAGGGUUUUGCCUUGAAUGUCUUUGCAAAAGCUGAUAAGCAAGAUCGAGCUGGGCGAGCUGAUUUGUAUGAGAAAAUUCCCACAACUUUUAACUGGAAAUAUAAAGUACACACAUCGACUGGUCUGAUUGUGAUAGAAGAAGGUGCAGUAGUAAUAAUGGAGGGUACUAAGCUUUUUAGUGCCCAUUUCUGCACACCUUUAAAAAGGGGGAAAAUUAAUAAAAACACUAAUAUGACUAAAGUGACCAGAAUAAACAUGGCUUUCUGGUUACCAUGGGUGAUAUGGUUCAUUAACUUACCUAAGAGUAGCUGCACAAGACCCAAAUUAAAAGGUACUAUUGUCUGGCAGUUGCUUUUUGUUUGGUUCUCCCAUUAUGUGGGUGCCAUGCUUUACCAUAUGAUAUGGAUACACACAACUUGUGCUGCAGACUUUGGAGUGCACAUUGAUAAGCUUUAUUCCAUAAAAGAAAGGAGAAAGCCCAUACCAGGUCCUCCUGGGGGCGAUGAAGAUCUAUCGGUGCCAUCAAGGACGUCAAGUGGUGAACAUGAUCUUGAUCCAAGCUCAAAUGAUUUUGCUGUCAGAACUGAAGCAGGCAUAACAGAUCCUGCUACAAGAGCUGCACCAGAAUCCAAUUCAUUUUCUGAGUCAUAUGAUAAAGUCAAGUCGCAGCAUUCUACAAACAUUUCUCCAUCAGCAUCAAAUAUCCCACUAUCGCCUCCUUCGAACAUGUCACCACCACCUCAAUAUCCUACUGAUGACGCUUACCACCAGCCACCUCACUAUCCUACUGAUGACUCUUACCACCAGCCACCUCAAUAUCCUAAUGAUGACUCCUACCACCAGCCACCUCAAUAUCAUAAUGAUGACACUUACCACCAGCCACCUCACUAUCCUACUGAUGACUCUUACCACCAGCCACCUCAAUAUCCUAAUGAUGACUCCUACCACCAGCCACCUCAAUAUCAUAAUGAUGACACUUACCACCAGCCACCUCACUAUCCUACUGAUGACUCUUACCACCAGCCACCUCAAUAUCCUACCGAUGACACUUACCACCAGCCACCUUCAAGCAACAGAACAGAACAUUCUCCUUAUUCUCAUCAGCCGUAUCAUCCUCCACCCUACCAUCAAGAACCAAAGCAGCACUUACCGCAACAGUACCAUCCUCACGACGUUCCCCCAUACUCAUAUCCUAAUUUCCAGUCAUACCCUAGUUUUACCGAAAGUAGCCUUCCUACAGCUCCAUCUCAUUAUCCUUCCCACCAUCAAGGCUCUGAUACUUCAUAUUCCAAUUCUUCUCCGCUUAACACCGUCAACUCUCCAUCAACUACUCAAUACAAUUCUAGUGGCAGGAACGGGGGCGUUUCAGAAACUUUACCAGCUGCUGCUGCUACACAAUCAUACCAAUAUGACAGCAAUUACCAGCCUUCACCAGAGAAAAUUGCUGAAGCGCACAAGGCUGCAAGAUUCGCGGUUGGGGCUCUCGCGUUUGAUGAGGUUUCUGUUGCGGUCGACCACCUUAAGAAAUCACUUGAAUUAUUGACAAAUCCAUCAGCUGGGCAAUAGAUCUUGUUUUAUUUUACUUCCCUUGCCUCUUUCCAUGAUUUUAUUUGUAAAGAUGUGUCUGUUUCACAAAUAUGUUUCCUAUGUUUGAAUCAUGAUUGGGGGUGAUCACAGAGUGUGUAACUUGAAUUUGUUGCGUUUGGGGUGAAAUUUAGAAGUUGCAUUUCUCA